UUAAAAAAUAUUAUUCAACUUAUGUACAAUUUUAUAUGGAGUUCACCAAUUGAUAGAAUUAAAAGAGAUGUUUUACAAAAUGAUAUUGAAGAUGGUGGACUCAAAAUGAUAAAUCUUAGUGCAUUUAUUCUAGCACUGAAGUGUACAUGGAUAAGGAGAUUAUUUAAAACAGACAACAAAUGGCAGAAUGUUUUUUUGUCAAAUGUUCAUGUAGAACUUGAAAAAUUUUAUGGUUGUGGAAGUGUUUAUAUCCAAAAAUUACAACAACAUAUCAAAAAUAAAUUUUGGCAAGAUGUUCUGAAAGCAUGGCAACUUCUUAGAGAAAAAGAAGAAUAUGACAGUUGGGAAUGCUUUCUUGCUAGUCCAAUCUGGCUUAACAAUAAUAUAAAGGUAGCAAAUAAACCUAUUUUUUAUAAAGAUUGGUUUGAAAAUGGUAUAAGAUUUAUAAAUGAUAUUGUAAAUGAAGAUGGGACCUUUUUCUCUCAUCAAAAAAUAGAAGAAAUGUAUCAGAUAAAUGUGAAUUUCAUGAGAUAUAAUAGUAUUAUAUCUGCUAUACAUCAAGCAUCAAAAUCAUUUGUGGGAAAAAAUCACAAAUUAGAACUACCUUUAAUUCCAUCUGCUAUUAAAAGGCUAGUUAAAAGUUCAAAAGGAUCUAAAGAUAUGUAUAUUGUUUUAAAUAAAAAUGGAAGUGUUCCCACUAGUCAGUUAAAAUGGACUGAAAUUUUUGGUUUUGAUCAAAAUCAUUGGAAAAAAAUUUAUAAACUGCCAUUUGUUGUCACAAAUAAUACUAAGUUACAGUGGCUACAGUAUAGAUUCAAUCAUCGAAUCUUAGCUACAAACAAAUUUCUUCAUAAAAUUAAGAUUUAUGAUAAUCCAAAUUGUACUUUUUGUAAUAGAGAAAUUGAAACAUUAGAACAUUUAUUUUGGGAAUGUGAACAUACACAAUUAUUAUUAGAACAGAUUGAAAAUUGGUUUCUGACCAAUGGAAUUAGUGUACUUUUUACACAAGAAGUUUUUUUGUUUGGUAACUCUGCAAAAAUAUCAAAAGGCAAUGCAGAAAAUACUAUUUUUCUUACCAUAAAGCAAUAUAUUUAUAAUUCUAGAUGUUUUAAAAAAAAUCUUACAUUAAACUCAGUAAAAGAAAAGAUGAAAUAUGUGUAUGCAAUGGACAAAAAUAUUGCUAUGAAAAACAAAUGUGAACAUCACUUUCUCAGAGAAUGGAAUGUUUUUGAUACAUUACUUAGUUAA